CUACAGAACGCGUAUCUCAUUCCUAAUGUCACGCACGCCCAUGAAAAGCAUGCUGAAAUUCACAGACGCCCAGCCCACAUAGGAUAAGCGGCUCGCUAAGUCUGCCUCGGCGGCUUAUAGCGACUUCGUAGUUUACAAUGCGUCUGCGCACCGUGGGUGCGCUGCUGGCAGCACUUGUGUUGCUGGCGCAGUCGCCUGUGCCAAGUUGGGGCAGUCGCGACGGCUCCCAGCCGCAAGCCGCGAGCAGCGGCAGUAGCAGCAGUAGCAGCAAUGCCGGCGGCGCCACGGAGUCGGCGCAGACGUCCACGCCGGCUACCGACGAGGACGCUAGCGGCAGCUUUGGCUCGGACCUAGGCGCCGCGGCCGCGGAGCUCCUCAACCCGCGCAGCUGGGACGUAAUCGCACCGGAGGUGGUGCUGCCGACGGAGCGCGGCAGCCAUGGGCGCGUUAGCUCCGACAAGCCCGCAACAACGGCUGGCGCCAGCCACAAGAGCGCUCGCGGCUCCUCCCCCGACCCCUGCAGCCACCAGCACACGGCUCACGAGCGUCACGGCCACGCGGUGCUCAGCCGCGCUGUGGGGCUGCUGCGCGGCGCGGCGGGCGCGCUGGCGGUGCGCCUGCGGGAGGCGGCGCAGCGGGCGGGCGGCGGGGUGCUGCGUGGCGUGGAGCACACCGCUUCGGACAUGGCGCACGACCUGCGUGAUCCGUCCGCCUGGGAGGAGAACCCCUGGGUGGCGGAGGAGGUGCAGCGGCUGCUCCAGGAGGAGAGGGACCAGGGCCACACAGGCCAGCAGCAGCAGGGGAGCAAGGAGCGGCAGCAGAGCGGGCAGGCAGGCGACGGAGCAGUGGCGGCGGGCCCGCACCCGCGGGGCGGGGCGGGGUGCGGCGUGGGCAGCCUAGCGGCGGCGAUGGGGGUGGAGGGCCACGUCCGGGCGCUGGUGAAGGAGCUGCACACCCUUGUCGCUACGCUGGAGGCCCUGUCCCGCCCUGCAGCGGACCUCAGCAGCCCGCAGCAGCUGCAGCCCUUGGCUGACGGCGCCGCGGCCGCACGCCGCCACACCGAGGACCUGCGGCUGGCCCUGCAGGCGGCCGCCGCCGCCGGGCCUGCGGAGACGGAGCGCCCUGGCGAGGGCGAAGCGGGCGCACCGCUGCCGUCUGCCGCUGCCGCAAUUGGGCCGUGGCUUGUGGAGAUCAUAGAGUACACAGAACGGCAGCUGGGCCACGCAGAGGAGCUGGUGCGGGCAGCCCUGGGUUACGGCGAGCACGGCGCCGCGGCCACUGCGCACGACAUCGUUUCGGCUGCUGCGGACUGGGUCCACUCAGCCAUGGUGCUGCUGCGCGAUACCGCCACCCCCGCCCCCACCGGCAGCGGCACCUCCGCACCCCCACGCCCGGUCACCGGCACCGCGCCGGCUGCCGCCGCUGCCGGGGCCGCGCCGCUGGCGUCUGCCCUACUCGGCAAACACCGCAGUGGCCAGCAGCACAGGGAGGCAGCGGGGAUGUGCGGCGGCUCGGCAUCGGACUCGGCCAACAGCUUUGAGACCUGCUCCUUCGCUGACAUGACUGUGCCAGUAGCUGGCAUGCCGCCCACGCCCCACCUUCCCGCGAGCUUUGAUGAGCUGCCGGCGGACGCCGGGGCCGCACGCGCUGUGCUGUCCACACUGCCGCCUGCGACGCUGGCGGUGGUGGGGCGGGAGCUGCUGGUGGGCGCUUGCGGCGAGGCGCAGCGCCUGAAGAAUCUGGCAGCGUUCCCGCAGGAGCACGGCGCGGGGAUGGGCGCGGCGGUCGAUGGGGGCGAGUCCUCAGUCAUCAGAGACAGAUUGUUCCUGGCCUUUGUGAAGGCGGCGAGCGACGCGCACGCGGCUCUGGAGCACCUCGAUGCCCACAAUGGCGAUGCCAUGCCCAGCUCCUCGACCCACGUGGCCACCGCCAUUGACGAGCUGCUCCGCUGCCGAGCCCGCCUCGGUGACUUGCUGCGGGAUGUUGCCGAGUUCUCACCCGCCGGUGCCACUUACCGGGCGCCCGAUGCCGCCGCCAGCCCCGAGCCACACCAGCAGCAGCCUCAGGCGGGCAUCGCGGAAGAGCCCACGGAACAGGGGGAGGAAGGGGAGGAGGCAGCACGCGGCAGGCAUAUCCCUGGCAUGGCUGUGAUCCAGGCCGCCUGGUCACGUGCCGCGCACGCUGCAGGGGCCCUGGGUGAUGCUCUUCACCUGCACCCAGGCUCCCAGGAUGCGGCGGGAGGUGGAGCUGGUUCGGAGGAGCGGCAGCAACAACAGCAGCAGCAGCGGAAGAGCUCUGCAUGGCCCUUCGGCGGCGCGGAAGCAUCCUACGUGACGGCAGCAGCCGCGGUGCUGGACGCGGAGGCGUUUGAUGUCGGCAAUGAGGCAGCUGGAAACCCCCAGCAGCUUCCGCAGCUCCCGGUCUAUCAUGCCCCUAAGCCGCCGCCGCUCCGCCUCACGGCGGCCUUGCGCGCCGCCAUGCAGCACACCGCGGACACCGCCGCCGCCGCGCGCGACCGUGUGACAGCCCUGCUGCACAACGCUGUUGCUGCGGCGUCCCAGGCUAUCGCUACCGCCAAGGCGGCCACGCUGCCCCGCCCGCCACGCCACCCGCACCCUGCGAUUGCCGCCCGCAAGGCGGCCGAGGCCGCGGCUGCAGCGGCGCAGGCUGCUGCGGAUGCAGCCGGCAGCAGCAGCCACAAGGCAUGGGGCGGCAUUCGCAGCAUCGGCGCGCUGCUGUGGGCGCCGGUGCAGGCGGUGCGGGAGCGGGUCGGCGGGUGGCACGGCCCAGCCCCGGAGGCUGCUACUGCCGGUGCUGGUGAUGCUGUAGCCGAUGCUACAGCCGAGGCGCUGGACGCCAAAUUGAUGCGCGUGUGGCGAUCGGCGGUGGAGCAGCUGGAGGCAUCGGCGGCUAGCUUUGACAGCGUACAGCGCAUGCUGCUGACCAUGCCCCGACUGGGCGCCGUGAGUGGGCUUGGUGCCGCCGGCGACACGCUUAUGGGCGGCGCCUCCGACGCCGCCGGCGCUGCCGGGCCGAAGCCCGGGCAGCCUCCUGCCACCCUCACGGUCGAGCCUUUGCUCAAGGCCUGCCGCCGCCGCGCCGUCACUGGCAUUGUGGGCGGCAGCGGUGAGGGACAGCAGCAGGACGCCGGGGCGGACGUGUGUGAAGACGAGGACGAGAACGCGACAGCGGCUGGCCACGCUUCCAGUGAUGGCGCAGCGCAGGCGAGUAGGGAAGCCGCCGUCAGCCCGAGCGCAGCUGCGCUGCGCGCGGUGGAGGCGGCUGGCGCAGCCCUGCAAGACUUCCUCUCCCGCACCGGCGCGCGCCUCGGUACCACUGCCCGCGGCCAGGCCACUCACGCGCAGGCCGCAGCCAAGGAAGCUGCGGGGGCGGCCGCGACUGCAGCCCACCAGGCGGGUGCGGCUGUUGCGGCCGCUGGCCACGCCACCCAUGAUGCGGUCGCAGCCGCUGCAUCUGCCGCGGGCAACACCGCCACAGCGCGUGCAGCGCAGCACGCCGCCUCCGCUGUGUGCCACGGCACGCAGCACGCCGCUCACGCGGGCGCAGAGGCUGCACAGCACGCCGUGGAUGGAGUCAACUGCGCCGCCCAUCGCGCCAGCGACGCCGUACGCGACUCCAUAAUGUGCGGAGCGACCAGUCUGGGCAGUGCCGCUGUGGGUGCGGCGGACAUGAUUCGUUCGGCCCGCCAUUCCGCCGGCUGCGCCGUCAGGGAUGCUGCGGCAGGCGUUGCGUCAGCGGCUGGAGGCGCAGCGUACCGACUGGGUGCGGCGGUGGUGGGGUCGCGGGAGCUGGCUGAAGACUCGGUCAAGCGGACGGCACGGGUGGCGCGGUCAGUCGCUCAGGCGAUGCGUGCUGCCGCGGAGGCUGCUGCCCAAGGCGUGGCGAGCGCGGGCAAGCAAGCGACGGGUGCUGUGGCGGGCGCGGGCCGCUCGGCUGCUGAGGAACUGCACUCGGCUGUGGGGACUGCUCAGCAUGAAGUUGAAGCGGCGGGUGAGGCCGUCAGGCACGGCGCCUCCUCGGCGGCGGACGCCGCCCGCAAGGCGGGACAGGCGACAGCUGGCGCAGCUGCAGCCGCCGCCGGGGCCCUGCAGUCCGGCGUAGGGCACGCAGGAGCUGAGGUGACCGGCGCGGCCGCAGAUGUUGCCCAAAAGGCGCAGCACGGCGCAGAGCACGCGGCGGAGAAGGUGGCAGAAGCAGCGGCGGAUGCGGCUCGCAACGCGGCCGGCGCCGCGGCGACGGUAGGACGGCGCACGGCCUGGCUGGGCGCCCGGCUGUGGCUCAAGGCCCAGUUUGCAUGGGUCAGCGCCCCCGUCAAGGCUGCGCGCGCUGUGUGGCGCGUCUACACACUGCCGAUAUGGCUGUGGCGGCGACUGCGUGACCUGCCGCCGCCGCUGGCGCUGGCGCCACCGCUCGAGCGCGCGGCGGAGGCUGUGGCCGGCAAGGUUGCAGAGACGGAGCGGCGCGGGGCGCAGUCAGCGGGCGAGGUGCUGCAGCGCCUGUCCGCAGCUGCUCACGUGCUGCCGCCGCCCAGCGCUCCUGAUGCCCGCAAGCUCCGCCGCGGUGACGCCGUUCUCAGUGGCGCCACUGCUGCAGCGGAGGACCUGGGCGCUGCUGUCGCCACCGCCACACGCGCCGCGGCGCAGCACGUCGCGGGCGCCGCUUCCGACGCCGCAGGCACGGCCACAGAGGCGGUGGCUGGGGCUCUCGACCAUGCCAGGGCCGCUACUGAAGGCUUUCUCGACGCCGCAGGCACAGCCCUGUCACCGCGGGAUGGCCACCACCACUUGGCGCCGCGGCACGCGCACCCGCAACUGCCUCAUGGCAUUCAGGCGGUGCGCGCCGCCGCCGCCUGCACGGCCGAAAACGCCUGGGAUGCGGCAUGCUGUGUUGCCGGCGCCGCGGCCGACAGUGCUGCGUGCUGGGGCGCCGCCGGCGACAUCCUCGCCCACGACGUGGUCUCCAGCGUCGCCAAGGGCGCGCACACCGUCGGCGAGACUAUGGCGGCGGUGCCGAGCGCGGCUGCAGCUGCUGUCAGCCGCGCGGCGCAGGCCGCAAGCGGAGCAGCCGGAGAUGCGGCGGCAGCGGUGAAAGGCGGCGUAGAUCGCGUGGCUGAGGCCACACGUGACGCCGCAGCGGCAGCACGGCUUGCGGCGGAGUGCGCUGCCGCUGGUGUCGGUUCGGCGGCUUGCAAGGCGCUGGAGGCCGUGCGCCUGGCUGCGGAAUGCGCCGCAGCGGGUGUGGGGUCAGCGGCGUGCAAGGCUGCAGAGGUUGCUGCCGCGGCAGCCCGUGGUGCCAUGCACAGUGUGGAGGGAGCCGCACAUCUGGUUGGCGACGCAGCAAUGGCCGCAGGCGCCAAGGCAAGGCACACGGCAGAGGCCGCAGCGGCCGCUACCGUAGCGGCUGCAGAUGCCGCUCGUAAGGCCACUGCGACUGCGGCGCACCGCGCAGUGGACAAGGCGGCGGCGGCAGGUGGGGCGGCCACCAGCGCUGCAGCAAGGGCGGCGCAGGCGAUUGAGAAUGCCAUGCGUGAUGCCGCAGCGGACGUAGCCGGCAGAACAGGUGUAGCAGCCUCGGGAGUGAAGCAUGCUGCCGCAAACGCCGCCCACGCAUUGGCGUCGGGUGCUGCGGCAGCUGGCCACGCGAUGGCAGACGCCACUGAGCGUGCCACAGAGGCUGCGUUCGCUGCGGCUUGGGAGGGGGUUGAGACGGUGGUGGACGCUGCGGCCACGGCGGCGGGCACUGCAGGCGCUGCGACCCGUGCGGCGAGGGAGGCUGCAACCAAGGCGGCCGCCGGGGUGGCCGAUGGCGCGGCGGCGGCGGCGCACGCGGCGCAGCGCGCCGCGGCAAAGACCGGCGCCACGCUUGGUGCUGCCGUGCGGGCGGGCCAGGAGGCCGCUGCGCACGGGGGUGAGGCGGUGGAGGAACACGCUGCUGCGGCUGUUGGUGCCGUUAGGGGCGCGAUCCAUGCAGCAAGUGAGGGCGCGGCGAGGUUGGGGCACUCCGCAGGCGCUGUUGGCGAGGAGGCAUUUGAGCGGCUGGCGGAUGCAGAGCAGGCUCCUGUGGGCGCGGCGGAGCGCGCGGCGGCGUCAGUAACCAACACGGCUGCAGCUGCGGCACGGGGCGCGGCGGCGGUUGCUAGAGCGACGGUUCAGGGCGGCAGACAACUCGCCAGCCACCUGCACCCGUCGCGGCCGCCUGCUUCUGCAGCCGGCCACGGGAAGGCGCAGCAGCAGCAACAGCCGCAACCAUCCGCGCCCCAGCCGCCGGAAUCGCGGCUGGCCUGCUCUGGGGAUGACUGCUUCGACCUGGCUGACACCCUCAUUGACAGCCUUCUCGCACCGCUGGGCUCGGCGGCCGCCGGUCCCGCUACAGCUGGUGCCGCCGCCGCAGCGGAUGGUGGAGGCGCUGGUGCCAGUUGGCUGGCUGCAGGCAGGCCGCCAGGUGGUGGCGCUGCGGUUAUAACGAUGACGAUGCCACGUGAUGAGUUGAUGGCGGUGGCGGCUGACUUGUACGGCCCGGUGGGCGCGGGGCUGGGCAGGGCUGACGUGGCGGCGGGCCUGAUGGCGGCUGCGGCGGCGGCGGGGGCCGGGGGCGGUGGUGGCGACGGUGAGGAGGGGGGUGGUCACGGCGGCGUGCUGGGCCGUGUGCGUGAGGCUGUGGCGGAGAAGCUGCAUGAUGCCGCGGUGCGCAUCAAGCCGUGACGCGACGGCCGCAGCGGCGGUGCCAGUGACAGGCAGGCAUCUAGUGAUUGUGCACUGCCAGCUUGCAAACAUGUACUGUUAAGGUAACAUUGUGGACCUGAUUGAGCCGGCGAUGUACGGUACAUUGUGCGGCAUAUGGAAGCAGUUGAUGUCGGCUGUGGUUACGCUGCCGGUCACAAUGGAACCCUAGAAGGUGGCCGAGUUGCCAGUCGGUGUAAGUUGAGAGGCUGAAUCCCCAAUUGUGUUGUGCCGUGGCUCCGUGAGGCGAUGGACUGUGGGCAGUUGCGGGCACGCGUCUGAGGUGUUGGAAACGGACCUGUUGCUCGGUUCCCCGGCUCAU